AUGGUGGUGAAAGAGGUGGUGGUGGAGGUGGUGGUGAGGAUGGCGGUUGUGGAGGUGGAGAUGGUGGUGGGGAUGGAGGUUGUGGAGGUAGAGGUGGUGGAGGUUGAGGAGGUGGUGGCGGGGAUGGCGGUUGUGGAGAUGGAGGUGAAGGUGGUGGAGGUGGUGGUGGAGAUGGAGGAGGAGGUGGUGGCUGUGGUGGUGAUGGCGUAG